CCUGUGGGCGGGACUCGGGUGUGUGGUUUCUGCAGAAAUGGCUGCGCUCAGGUUGUUCUCCGUGACUAGGAGGAGCCUCACGUGGACACUUUCAGGGAGAACACUUUGGUCAGGAUUCAGAAAAGAACAGCCGGUGGUACUUGAGACUGGAGAAGAGGUGAAGCAAAAACCUGUCCUGGAGUGCCCCCCUUUACGAAGCAGAGCAUACACUCCACCUGCAGAUCUCCAGCAGAAAGUGGAAUUUCUCGUCAAAAAAGUUUUCAGUUCAUCUGUUCCUAGCAGGUGGCAAGAUGCGUCCCUGGAAGACAGUCACCUGAAGUUCAAUUUCUUGGCACGUCUAGCUGAUGACUUGGGUCAUGUGGUGCCAAACUCGAGGCUUCAUCAGAUGUGCAGGGUCAGAGAUGUCCUUGAUUUCUAUAACAUUCCUGUGGAAGACAGAUCUAAAUUUGAUGACCUUGUAGCCAGUGAUUUGCCUCCCAAUUUAAAGAUUCACUGGGGCUACUAAGCAGUUCAGAACAGACCGGAACAGUCCGUCCGCCACGCCAGCAAGGGGCUGCUUCUCAGGUUGAUCAUUUACCCCGCGGAAUAUGGAUCAGAACUUUUCCCCAUCUCAAAUUUGUACUGGAAGGACGUGUUGUGUGUGUGUUUUUUUUUCCUUGUAGCAUCAUGUAUUGAUAAAUACUAAUUUUCUUUUUUUGCA